AAAAAUGCUGGCCGGAUCCGGAAGUCGAGAGCAUCCAGCGUCUGUUGGCGGCGGUGUCGCUCAGAGCUGCUACCAUGGCAGGCCCCAGUAGGAAGCAGAUGUUGCGGUUCCUUUGCCAGCUCGGGGCGUUCAUUCUGACCCGGUUCGGGUUUUGGAACUGCUUUAGCAUGCUAAUGCUGUUUGCUGAAAGAGCGGACUCAAAAAGAAAGCCAGACAUUCAUGUACCCUACCUGUACGUGGACAUGGGGGUGGCGGUUCUCUGUGCUAGCUUCAUGUCAUUUGGUGUGAAGAGGAGGUGGUUUGCUUUAGCGUCUGCCCUGCAGCUGACCGUGAGCACCUACGCAUCCUACGUUGGAGAACAGGUGUAUUAUGGGGAGUGGCUUAAGGUACGAAUGUACUCCAGAGCUCUGGCCAUCAUUGGAGGCUUUUUGAUUCUGGGCAGCGGGGCGGGGGAGAUCUACAGACAGAAACCACGCAGCAGAUCCUUGCAGUCCACUGGACAGGUUUUCCUUGGAAUCUAUCUCAUCUGCAUGGUGUACUCCCUGCAGCACAGCAAAGAGGACAGGCAGGCCUAUCUGAACCACAUCGUUGGAGGAGAGGUCACUCUGAUGCUGCUGGAGGUUCUGUUCGGCGUUCUCGCCUUGGCGUUCCUCUCAGGCUGGUACAUCCGCCUGGCCGCUCAGAUCCUCGCCACCGUCCUUCCGUUAGUCAUCCUCUUCAUCGACGGGAACAUCAGCUACUGGCACCACAACAGCAAAGUGGAGUUCUGGAACCAGAUGAAGCUGAUCGGUCACAAUGUUGGCAUUUUGGGGGCUUUGCUGAUCCUGGCUACUGAUGGUUAACGCUUCAGACUUUCACAGACUUUUAGAGAUUUGUUGACAUUAUUGUGGCCUUUUUUUGUCACAUGCUGAACUUGUACUCGACGCUGCAGUCGCUUGGUGACGCCUCAGGAUUCUCCGAGUGGAGACAGUCGGACAUGACCUGCUGGGAUUGUUUUUAUCCUUCUGGUAAUGUUGCUUUGCAAGGGAACACUCACGUUUGUUUGUUUGUUUGUUUGUUUAUUAGCCAUUUCUUUGGAUUCAGGUUUACAUUUUUUAUGUGACAGAACACUGACCGUUUGCAAAAGAAGAACGCAGGAAAUUUCACUCCAGAAAAAGUCUUAAAUACUAUUUUGGCAGCGCGGUUUUAACAUUUUUACAAAUAAAGGGAAACUUUGUUGCUUUGCUUUUGGUAAUAAAGGUUUUAUAUGUUGCUUUUAAGUGUGUAAUCGAUGUGGGUUUACAAAUAAUUAUCUCAAAAAGGUUUUUUUUAUUGUGUUUGUGUGAAAUAUUGAAUAUAAGUUGCACAUCAUUGUUGGAAAAUUAGUGUUUAGUUAUUUAAAAAAUAAAUAAAGCUAUAAAAGAAUUAAUGAAAUUCAUUUAUUUGGUGGGAAAAUUUGGUGUUUAUAUCAGUAAAUUCUUGUUUUCAUUUGAGAAAUCUGAUUUUUUUCCAGAUUAAACACCAAACUCACGCUUUUUUAUUUUGAAAUGAUUAAUUUUAUGAAAAAACUGUGGGAAAUAUUUUUUUUAAAUUGUUUAAAUCUUUUUUUCCUCAAGUCAUUUCCUCUUUGGACUAAAGGUUCUAGAAUCAUGUUCUUAUUCUAUAGGUUAUUAGUUUGAUUCCACUUUUGUAUCCAUUAAUGUAAUUUUUUACAGGGGUUUUGCCUAAAUGCCUUCGGUGAAAGUGCACAACUGUUGUGAUUUAUUACAUUUUUAAUUGUUAAUGUGCUGCUGGAACUAUAAGAAAAGCCACAUAGUUAGAUUUGAUAUGGGGGUUUAUUCUUGCAUUUCUUAAUUUACAAGUAAAAUUAGUUGCAAAAAUUAGGAAAAUAUUUUGAAUUCUCAUAGUACUUGAAUAAAAAGCCCAUUUUACAUUACAUAGCUAUAAAUAAUUUCCAUAUAAAUACUGAAUAUAUUAAGACACUAGGAAUGUGGAUAGGCGUUAUCACAACGGUAUUUUUAUUACACUCAUGGGGACUGUUACGUGUACAUCUGCUGUCAUCUUUAUAAAAGUGACGCUGUGAGAAUAAAUGACUUUCAUGGAAUGAAAAGUUAAUCAUCAAUAAAGACCUGCUUCAAAUCAA